AUGACAAUUGUGUCUGCAAUUGUUCUAUUUGUGCGAUUUUUGUCGAUGUCUUGUGCGAUUGUGUGCGAUUUAUAUUCAAAUAUGUUGCCAACCAGGAAACAGAAUAUGGCUCCAGAACUCAUUCUCCCCUUGGCUGAGCAUUUUCCUGGGCGUAUCACUUACCAAGGAAAUGGGUACUUUGCUUCAAUUAAAGCAAAGUUUGAAGCCUUUAACCUGACCGAGAGGGUGAAGAAAAUUCCUUUUGGAGUUUUUUGGAAUGCGAAUGAUCUGAAAUUCUCUGGGGUGAUUGUGCAUCAACUACUGUUGAGGAAAAUGAAAGUAACUGAGGUAAAGAAUGAUGAAGUGUGGUUUUACGUGGGUAAAACCGAGGCCAGAUUUGGAAGGUCUGAGUUUGGAUUGAUCACGGGGCUGAAGAUGAGCGGUGGCCCCUCGACCGAACAAUUGACUACACUAUGUGAGUCUGAUCGGAUAUUGCGGGACUACCUCAAUAAUGCCAAACGGGUCACUUUCAAAACCCUUUGGCUAGCUUUUGAGGCGUGCGAUGUGGCCGACGACGUGUACAAGCUGGGGCUGUGUGCAUUUGUUGAAGGUGUGCUACUAUCAAGGGCUGAGGGUGUUUAUAUAUGGUCGGAUAUGCCGAAGUUAGUAGAAAAUGAGGAGAAGUUCUUCGAAUAUCCGUGGGGCCUUCUUUCAUAUCAGAAGUUGUUGUCAUCCACAUUCAAAAGUAUGACUGACUUGAGGAAGAACUACCUUGAUAAAUCUACUAAGGAUAAGAAGAAAGGGAAGAAGGAGAAAAAAAUUACUCAACCAGAGGCCAAGUACAAUGUCUACGGAUAUGCACCGGCGCUACAAUACUGGGCCUUUGAGGUGAUGCAAGAUUUGGGGAAGAAGUACGGGCAGUGCAGAGGGACUAGAUUCCCUCGAAUGUUGAAUUGGAGCACCCCCAACACGGUUACGAAACAUGAUGUGAAGCAACCUGAUGUCGCUACCCUAUUUGAGAAAAGGAUGGUUGUUCUUCAAAUUUUGUAUCCUAGGAAUUGGGAGGUGGACUAUUGGAAGAGCAAUUGUGAGGGUGAGGUCCCCACGGUGGAAAUGGGGUUGGAUGAGGUCGAAGAAACGCAAGUCGGGGCGCAAGAUUCGACCGCAUUCCAGACCCAAGCCGAACGGGUGGCGGAUUAUGUGAAAAGGUCCAAAAUUAUUCCACCAUCCCCACCCAAAGAAGCACCAGACGCCUCCACAUCUGCCACUGUGCCCCCAACGACUGCUCCAGCCAAUGACUCCGACUACCUCUUGUUGGCUAAGAGAUUGGAGAAGGUAGAAGCGCAACAACUUGCGAUUCUCACUGCCCAGACUGAGAUGAAGGCUGACUUCAAGAGAAGUCAGAAAGAGAUGAAGAAUCUUAUCAUGGAUCAAAUUGCGACCGUGAUAAGUUUGUUACAGAAGCAGCCUUCGGAGCCGACACAACCAUCAGGGCCGGCACAUCAAUCAGACCCCACACAUCCAUUAGAGACGGCAGAGCCAUUACAGACGGUACAUCCAUCAUCGCCGACAUAUGAUGAUGAUGAUGAUGAUGUCUACCCAGAAGAUUGGCAACCUGACGUAUGUGACGUUCCUUCUACUCCUGCAAACGCCAUUGUCAUUUCGCUGGGUGAUACAGAAUCUCAGGAUGUGGAAGAGUUGCAGGGGCCACCAGAUGGGGGUGGAGUUCUGGACAAUGCUCGUCCUAGGAAUGUUCACACUGGCGAAACCACUAGAUCCUGGUUCGUGAAAUUGAUGGUGCUGAACGAAUGGCUCGACGAUGCUCAAAUGAAUGUCAUGGCGCACUUAUUGAGAAGAAGACGGACCCUGUACCCAGAAGUCUACACUCGAAAAUGUGUAGUUUUGGACACAUCUGCUCCACAGUUCUUUUCCAUGUAUUGGAAUUUGUAUGAGGGUGACAAGAGCAAGAUGAAUGGAUGA